AUGGGCUCGGCACCCAAGCCCGAGGCCAUCGUAGACGCGACGGAUGUGCCAAAGGCGAUCGCAACUCCAGCAACGGAAUGGGCGCCGCGAGGAAGGAUCAUUGACGACUCUGCGCGCGGCACAAUCUUUUGGGAGGCAGAGCUACCCGAAGGAGACGGCGAAGAAGAAGCACAGGACAAAGACGACAAGACUGAGAGAGACGAUGCGCCGCAACAAAUUGAAGCCGACACCUCAGCCGUCCCGCAGAGCUGGGGCAAGCCUUUCAAAAUUGAGUGGGUCUCUACGAACCGUCUUCCAUUUUAUCGCACCCGUGGCCUCCGCAACCCAUGGAAUGCGAAUCGCGAAGUCAAGAUUGCGAGAGACGGCACAGAACUCGAACCCAGUGUUGGAGAGCGCCUGGUCCAGAUGUUUCAUCGAAUGGGCCCGUCGGCUACUGGCGCACCGGUAAUGCCGCCCGGUGUAGCCACCGGCAUGAUGCCCCAGAUGCGAACAUUCUAG